CCUCAGUUGACUUUGUUUUCCUUCUUCGGUUUUCCGAAAGACGGAUCUUGGAUUUGAUAGUCUUCAGCGAAAUAAACUAAGCGAUUUGUUCGUAUCCUUCGUCCGGGGCGACUUCUUUUCUGUUUGCCAACGAUGGGUCACGGACAUGGACAUGGGCCGCCGUACAAGGUGCCGGAUGCAUCAACCUACAAGGUAGCUGAUGCUCCCGAGCUGGUGGAAGUUGAGCGUGCACUCGCCCGUCGGGGCCUCAAGGAUCCGUGGCUACGGAACGAAGUUUGGCGCUACAAUGUGAAACAGUUUUCCACUCAUCGCUCGCGGCUGGUAACGUUCCUGUUCAAGGGAUUCCCCCUCGGGUUUGCCGCCUUCGUCGCCACGAUCGGGGUGGAGUAUGCCCUGGGAGUGGACUAUCACGGCGGCCAUGGACACGGCGGUGAUGGCCAUGGUCAUGGAGACGAGAAAGGCCAUGGAAGCGGUCAUCACUAGUGCAAUGGAAGGAUGGUGCUCGUUUGUUACUACCGUACUUUAGACUUUAUUUCGAAAAAAGCCUGCUACAGAAUAAAUC